AUGGACGUGGUGGAUAUCCUUGAAUUCAAAGUCACCGUCCCAAGUUCCCUGGUGGUCACUCUUGGUCAGCCCGUGGUCUUGCCCUGCAGUUUCUCCGUGGGGAAUGUCUGGCAGCCUGAAAGCAUUGUGAUUACUUGGCGGCGUGGGCUUGAAGUUGUUCACAGUUUUUACCUCAAUCGGGACCAGCUGAAGCACCAGAACCCACACUAUGUGAAGCGCACCUCCCUGUACCAGUCAGAGAUGCAGAAGGGCAACGCAUCUCUCCGAUUGGAAAACGUCACCAUAGAAGAUAGGGGGGAGUACAUCUGUUACGUGAGCUCGCAACGGGGCGGAGGGAGGAAGAUCUUCCCUCUAAAAGUGGCAGCACUCUAUUCAGAGCCAGUGCUGCAGUUCUCAGUGCAGCCCGGAAGUGUGACGGUUCUUCUAACCUCAGGAGGAGGAUUCCCAGCUCCCACCUUGAGCUGGCUACAAGGCCAUGAAGACCUCACCAACAGCACAGAGACCCGUCUAACACGGGACACACUCUCAGGGCUUUAUAACGUGUCCAGCACCUUGACUCUCAAAGACAACUCCAAUGCCACCCUCAGUUUUAUACUGAAGAAUGAGGACCUGAUACAGGAGAUCAGGAGGAACAUAAGCCUGCUGUUUGGUAGGUAG